AAGCCUAAGAAAUUUAACGAGCAUUUCAGUUGAGCAAAAGCGUUCAUACGAAGAAUAUCGUGGAUGUAAACUCUGUUUAAUGAAAAUUUUUAAAUAAAUUCGUUGUUGUUAUACUAAUGUCUUUUGUUAAUAUAUAAAAACAAACUUUGUCUUCUAUAAACAAAAUUAAAAAAUGUCAUAUAAAUUAUAUUAUUGCGGUUCAAUGAAUUUUAUGUACUUUAUACUGUUUAAAACGCUCGUCGUUGAUAUAUAUGUGUAUAUAUUUGCAUAAUUUAAAAUUGAAAGUAAUAACUGAAGCUUUGAUUUCUGUUACGAAGAAUUUAGAUGUCCAGAUAUUUUCUCGAUGUAAAAAAGCAAUAAAAUAAAAUGCUUGAUUGCACAUACGUAAAAUUAUAAUAUAAUUCUUAACAAAAGAUGUACAUAUAUAGCGAUAUGCUUUAUUGUUGCAAUUUGCUAAUUAUAUUGCGUAAAUAACUUAACGCAUUAUAACAGACGAGAUCCAUAAAGAGGGAUUACAGACAAAUUCGUUCAAAAAACGUAUUAUAAUUUGAAGAUUCUUUUGUUACACUGAAGAAGAUCCGGAUUUGGAUUGAAACAAUGAUACCGGACUUAUUUGGAAUUUCUGAAAAAUCCAGAAAGUUUAUAGAUAAUAAAUCAUUGACGAAAGGACCACAUAAGACCGAUUAUAAAUGGAAAAUCGUUUGGAAAAAUAUCAUCAUGUUUCUCUAUAUUCAUCUUGCUGGCCUUUAUGGAUUCUAUGUAUUUCUCUUUCAAGCUAAAUAUUGGUCUUUUAUAUGGUUUUUGACUCUUGGUAUUGCCGCGGGUCUAGGCAUCACCGCUGGCGCUCAUAGAUUAUGGUCUCAUCGAUCUUACAAGGCGAAGUGGCCCAUGAGACUCAUGCUCAUGAUUUUUCAGACCAUUGCUUUUCAAGUAAGUUUAGCGCUAACUUUUUUUCCUUUCGCUAAAGUAUCGGAUAAUAUAUAUGAUAUAUCUGAGAUCAAAGAUCUACAUUCUAAAUCACUCAGUUCUACCAAUAAUAGUGGAGUUGCUAUAGCAGCGUUCGGCGAAGGUUGGCAUAACUAUCAUCACGUCUUUCCUUGGGAUUAUAAAGCAGCGGAACUUGGAAAUUAUGGACUUAAUUUUACUACAGCUUUCAUUGACUUUUUCGCUUAUUUGGGCUUGGCUUAUGACUUGAAGACCGUACCUGCUGAUGUGAUAAAGAAACGUGUUCUUCGAAGCGGCGAGACACAUGAUAAUAAAUUUAGUUAUAUAAAUUAAAAUAUACAGCUAUUAAUUUUCCAUUCAGAACUAAUUUUUUAAAAUAA